CAGCGGCGGAAGAUGGCGGUGCCGAGCAUCCCCACGCCUCUCUAUGGACACGUGGGUCGCGGCGUGUUCCGCGACGUGUACGAGCCCGCGGAGGACACGUUCCUGCUGCUGGACGCGCUCGAGGCUGCAGCGGACGAGCUGGCGGGAGUGGAAAUUUGCCUGGAAAUAGGGUCAGGGUCCGGUGUGGUGUCUGCAUUCCUUGCAUCUAUGAUAGGUCCUCAGGCUUUAUACAUGUGCACUGAUAUCAACCCUGAUGCAGCAGCCUGUACCCUGGAGACAGCACGCUGUAACAAAGUCCAAAUUCAACCAAUAAUUACAGAUUUGGUCAAAGGCUUGUUACCACGACUGAAAGAAAAAGUUGACCUGCUCGUGUUUAAUCCCCCCUAUGUAGUGACUCCACCUGAAGAGGUAGGAAGUCAAGGAAUAGAAGCUGCAUGGGCUGGUGGCAGAGAUGGUCGGGAAGUCAUGGACAAAUUCUUCCCAUUAGCAUCUGAUCUACUUUCCCCAAGAGGACUGUUCUAUUUAGUUACCAUAAAAGAAAACAAUCCAGGAGAAAUUUUGAAAACAUUAAACACCAAAGGUCUCCAGGGGACCACUGCACUUUCCAGGCAAGCAGGACAAGAAAUCCUCUCAGUCCUCAAGUUCACCAAGUCAUAAUAUAUUGGGAACCACUGGAAACUGAAUGCACGCAGUAUAUUUAGAAGCUGAAGUCAUUCUUUUGCUUAUGGAAUUUUACCAGAAGUUUGUCACCAAGAGGUCAAAAAUGAGUCCUUCACUUUCAUCAGGGAAUUCACCAGGAAAUCAAGACAGUAAAUAUAAAUAUACAUAUUUUUAUAAUUUACAUUUUAUACAUGUUAUAUUUAUAGAUGAGGUGUUCAUUUCAUCAUUACUUAUAAUAUCAAAACAGUGAAUCCUCCUGUCAAUCAGAAAUGAAAUUGGUUAAGUUUCAAUACACAGCCAUUACACAUGAGUCAGGUCUGUAUAUUUUGAACCGGAAGCAUCCAUGAUGCCUUACUUAAAGUAAAAAGUGUAAGUUGCAGAAGUUUUUAUCCUGAAUGUGUGUUUUUUUAAGGAAGAGAACUUCAGAAGAUAAAUAACAUGGUCUUCAACUCUGGUCGCGCCAUCUGGAUUUGUACAGUGAUGAUGCUGGACGCUGACAGUGGAUUUCAUCAGUGGUGAUGUAGUUGCAGCUGGUGUGCCAGCCAUGCUUUUCAUAACACUGGUACUGCAGUGUUUGAAUCAAGUAGGUAGGCUUUUCUGGUAGGAGGCUGGCAUUAGGAAGGAAGUCUGACUAAUAACACGGUCUUCCACUGUGGGGUACAGUGAUAUGGGACAUGUUGAAAUAUUCCUCCAAGGUGAAGGAUAAGUGGUUGCAUUAGUCACUCCUAAACCAAAAGAUAAAAAAAAAUUGUAGAUUUUGGGGGGUUUUGGGACAGUAUCUAUUUUGGUAUGAUGCCAGCUCAUUUAUCAAGGGACCCCAAAAGAAUGCUUGUGAGUCUCCCAGAGCAAGAGAAGGUUCUGUGACUAGUCCUGGCUGCUUUGCAGGAUGCUGUGCCCGUUAGGCCAUAUGAUCGUGCACCUGUGGCCUCAUGUAUUCCCUAUGAAGCUAGAGACAAGUUAUUUGCUGUUAAGCCAGCAGACAGUGGUGUGACACACGUUGGCUGGCACAGUCAACACAGCACAACAGAAUCAGUGGUCCAAAGCAGUUCUGAAAUUCAUCUGGGCAGAUGUUGGAAUAGUUUUGAUUAGGAAUCAGUCCUUCCAAGAUGAAAUAACCAUGACUCUCAAUUCUAUCUUCAAAAGUUUUGGUUCUGCCCAGAUUUUACUGUUCUGUUUUCAGUACAUGCAGCAUGUCUUUGUCUGAGUAGUUUUCCAGGCUAGUUUCUCCAGAUAGUUUAGAGACCCAAAGUCCUUUCAUUUUGUGUUCUCUGUAUGAGAAUAUGUGAUAUUUGUCUCUGUCAUUCUGGCUUAUUUCAUUUUAUACAUAAUUUCCAGUUCCAUCCAUAUUCUAGUAAGCAAUAUAAGUUUGUUCUUUAUGGAUGACUCCACUGUGUAUGUGUACUCCACAUUUUCUGCAUUCAUCAGUUGAUGAGCCAGGGUGAUUCAAAAAUUUAGCUAUUGUGAGUAGUACUGCCAUAAAUAUGGGUAUGCCACUAUCUUUUGAAUAUAAGCCAGGAAAGGCAGGGCAGGUUCAUAUAGUAGUUCUAUUUAUCAGGUUUUUAAUUUUUUUAAUGAAUGUCCAGACUGAUUUCCAUAGUGGUUGCACCUAAUUUACAUUUUACUACAAUAUAUUAAUUAUACUUCAACAUUAGCUGUAUUUUCAAGACAAGCAUUUCUCUACCUUGGCAACUUAAGAGAUUAAUGCAGAAUAUUAAAUGGUAAAGAACUUCUUAAGUGUCAUAUUAUUUGAUUUUGAGGUGUACCUUUAAGACAGAGGACCUUUUAUGACUCAACAGUAUUACCUUUGAUCUUUCUGAGGUAUAUGCAUGCAUGUGUGUGCUUAAGUUUAAAUCCAUGGAGCCUAAUGUAGAAGCUAGAGAAAUUAAAGUGAAAGAGUUUAAAUCUAGAAAAUGUACUACAUAGGCCACUUAGAAUCCUUUUUCUUACAGAUUGAACAAGAAUUUAAAUUAUAAACAAAAGUAAGUGCAAUCUCCAAAAACAGACAAAAGAAAAUUCCAAAAAUAUCUUGGAUGUCACCAAGAUCUUAUAUAAGGGUAAACAAGCAUGUCCUUUUGAAAACAAACUCAGAAAUGCCACUUUAGAUCUCCCAAAUGCCACCAACAUCUUAAAAUUCUGGCCUUAUAGAGAAAAAGAUAAAAUCUAGACCUCAAGGUAAGAUCACUUAUCCACAUAAAAAUAAGACCAAAAGUGUCCUUAUUUGCUAAGAACAGGAAACUCUGAUUAAUGAUAUCUGCAAACUGAAGAGCAAUGGGGAAAAAAUUAGUGUCCUAUCUUGUCUAAAAUCCAGGACAACUUUACAAAAUCCAGUAACACUACCUCAGGGGAAUUAGCACUUAACAGGUCCCAACAUUCUUCUAAAUUCCUAUAGAGGAUGUUCUACAUAUAUAGAUGGAAAAAGUAAGGACAUAUCAGCUGGGCACCCGUGGCUCAUGCCUGUAAUCCUAGCUACUCAGGAGGCUGAGAGAAUUGAGG